AUGCCAGAAGUUGUUACUUGCAGGUCUGUGACUUACAUCAACAACAAAACAGCAGCUUCCUUAACACAGGAGGAGAUAGAUUUGGAUACAUGCUAUGAAGAUAACGAGAUUGUCAUACACGUUCAUGCAGCGGCUUUCAACCCCGUCGAUCUGCUUUCCCAAGGGUUUAUGUGCUCAUAUUUGGUGAGCAGUCGCCCAAAAUCAUAUGGAAGAGAUUACAGUGGAGUCAUUGUGAGGAGAGGUAAGAAUGUUGACGAAAAGUGGCAAAUUGGUGAUAAGGUCAACGGUGCUCAAGCGUUUCUCGUGGGCCAGAGUGGCUCUAUGAGUGAUUACCUUGUUUUGAAUCCUAGCAAACAAUGCUCUAUUUCCCAUAUGAAACCAAUAAAUCAGGAUAUCCAGGGCAAGUAUGACGAGUUCACCUUUGACGCAGCAUGGCCUUUAGUGUUCUGCACUGCAUUUGGCAUUUUGACUAACUAUGGGCAGAAAUUCGGGCCUGAUUCAAGAAUUUUAGUUAUUGGUGCAUCAACUGCUGUCUCAAACGCGUUUGUUCAAAUUGCUAAAAAUUAUAUGAAUGUAGGUACCGUUGUAGGUGUUUGCUCCUCGAAGUCGGUUGAGUAUAAUAAGAAAUUAGGCUUUGAUUAUUUAGCAACGUACGAUGAGGGUCCCUUAAUUGAGAGCGUGGCGAAAGUAUUUUUGAGAGAUUUACAGAAAGAGAAAUUCGACUUGAUAUUUGACUCAGUUGGUAAUAACGACUUUUUUCCUGUGUUGGAUAAGUUUCUAAAACCCAGGUCUCAAAAUUCUUACUAUAUUACCAUUGUGGGUGAUGGGAAACUAAAGUAUGGAAGCUUUUCUGCAAUGGGCACAUUUUGGAUGGCAUCGAGAAUACUGAACCCAUUUAGAAGCUACAACUAUAAAUUUGGUCUCUUUUCUCCCUCAGAAAGAGCGAUGGAAAUAGGUAAUAAAUUAAUUUCAGAGGGAAAAUAUAAGCCUGCCAUUGACUCCGUUCACCCUAUUGAGGACUUCAAAGAAGCGAUAGAUAGACUUUCUUCCAGCCGUGCAAAGGGGAAAGUCGUGCUUAAAAUCAACAACUAG